GUCUACAAAUUGUGUUUACUACAAAAAAUUGAAAGUUUAUCAUAUCCCUAUCUUGAUUUAAUUUAUAAAAAGUCAUCAGAUUAAAUGCACAACCUAAUCUUGGCGAUAUUGAAGAUCACCAACUUGAAGAGCAAUAAAAACUUGCCACUCGAGCAUUCGUUCACGUGAAUUCUGUCACAUUACAUAUUUAGACUUAUAAUUAAUGUCUACUCAAUAAAACUCGAUUUUUUACAAGUUUUGUAGUAAUAUAGAGUGGAUUUACUUAUCGUUUUCUUGUGGGGAAGUGAGUAAAUGACUAAAUGUUUAACAGUUUAUACGGCUUUAAAUUGUUGCACCGGAUGGCGAUAUAUCCAAAACCGCCCCAUAUCAUUGCGGGAAAAUAGUAAGUGGGAUACAAAAACAAACAUUUUAGUUUUACCAUUUUUAUGUCCCGGGCUUAAAUUGGUGUUUCGUGAAUUAUAUAAUAGAUACCAGUGCAGUACAAGUUAUAUACUUGGUGUAGACUCUGCAUACGUUACAUAUACACGUAUAGAGUAGUCUCAUAUGAAACAAUGGUCCUUCAUACGGAUAAUGAGUAUAAUGAUACAAAAUUAAAAUCUAUAGGGUGUCAGACCAACCAGCGGCUAACCAUAUUUUUUUAUUUGAAAAAGUAAAUAUAUAUAUUCACGGCAACUCUCAACUAUGUGACAGUUUGAUAUUUAUACUUUUCAUUUACAUAAACUAAUCUUCCUUGGAUUGCUUUCGGUUGCGAUGCAUUAUUUUAUUUGGUUGGUUUUAAUGUUAAGGCGGUUGGGAUGUUGACGAUUGAUAUUUCAACUUUCAGCUUUGGCACUUUGUUCCUUGUACUAGUAACUUAGUAAACCUGCCACAAAAUGACAUCCUAGACACAAUGCAAAAAUGCUAAAUAUCUCCAAUCAAGGACAAACAUCAUAUUUUUUCCUUUCCACCUUCCUUUGUAUCCCUUAAGAGAAUAUUGGACAAGAAAGAGUGUUUCUCUCUCUCUCUUUUUGUUUCCUAUCAAUCUUUGUCUCACUCUUUACCUAACAUUCUUAUCGAUGCAACAUCAAGUUUUCAUUGAGGCCUUCUUGUCAAGGUCUCUAAGAGAGCCUGCAAACUGCCAAUGGAUUGCAGACCAAUUAUCAGGAGAUUGAAGACCAUUCACAGUAUCACAUUUCAUAAACCACAAUGGAUACUUUCAAAAGCCCACAUUCAGUUCAUUAUCUUUUGCUUCAAGCCCAAGGCUAAUAUUAGAGUUAUCCCAAUCCAAGUUAUACUUUAUGAAUUAGUUAGAUGUAACAAGUAUUAUUCAAAGACUACAAAAAGCAAGUCAAACAUAAACUAAAUUAACCAGGAUUAAACAUCCUUUUUUAACCCAAUUUAGACCCUCUAAUCGCAUGAUCUAGUUUGUCAAUAUUACACCAAAUCAGAAGAGAAGAGAGCCUUAAUAAAAUGGCAGAGUACUUGGUUACUGGAGGAACCAGCUUUAUAGCCUCUCACGUCAUCAAGACACUUCUCGAAUUUGGUCAUUACGUAAGAACAACUGUUAGAGACUCAGGAGAUGAAGAAAAGGACGUUGGUUUUCUAUGGGAGUUAAAAGGAGCAAAAGAAAGGUUGAAGAUCUUUGAAGCUGAUCUAACGGUAGAAGGAAGCUUUGAUGAUGCAGUCAACGGUGUUGAUGGAGUCUUCCACAUCGCAUCCCGAGUUUCUGUUGGUCGAGAUAACAACAAUCUGGAGAAAUUUGAUCCGAAUAUAAGUGGAACAAUGAAUGUGAUGAACUCUUGUGCAAAGUCAAGAAACACUGUGAAGAGGAUUGUUCUCACAUCUUCUUCAACUACAAUACGUUACCGUUUUGACGCUACACAAGUCUCUCCACUUAACGAAUCGCAUUGGACUGAUCUUGAAUACUGCAAACGCUUCAAAAUUUGGUAUGGCUAUAAAAAGACUUUAGGGGAGAAAGAAGCGUGGAGGAUCGCAGCUGAUAAGAAGCUAAACCUAGUUGUCGUAAUCCCAUCAUUUUGUAUUGGUCCAAUACCUAGUCCAAAACCCACAAGCUCCCCUCGAAUUUUUCUGUCCAUUAUCAAAGGGACUCGUGGAGCGUACCCUAAUUUCAGGGGAGGUUUUGUGCACAUAGAAGAUGUAGUAGCUGCACAAAUCUUAGCAAUGGAAGAUCCUAAAGCAUCGGGAAGAAUCUUAUGUUCGAGUUCAGUGGCUCACUGGUCAGAGAUCAUUGAGAUGCUAAGACUAAAAUACCCAUUAUACCCAUUUGAGACUAAGUGUGGUAGUGAAGAAGGGAGAGAUAUGCCUCAUAGCUUGAACACAACAAAGAUACAUGAACUUGGCUUUGCCUCCUUCAAGUCAUUACCAGAGAUGUUUGAUGACUGUAUCAAGUGUUUCCAAGACAUGGGUCUACUCUGAAACACAAAUUAAUCAAGCUAAUAUUUAAACAUAAACGAGAUCUAAAAUGAUUCCAGACUAUGUAUGUAAUGUGCCCAUCCAUAUUGGACUUUAAUAAAUUAUAUCAUCUUGCUCAUGUCUUGGAGAGUUUCUUUGGUCUGAUAGUGUCACGUGCUUAGCACAUACAAAUGUCCGUACCAAGAAAGGUACAGGAGCGCGUGUCAGGUCUCUUUAGUACUCUUUACAUUAAAAGGUAGUGGAGAAUGCAACUUUGGAGAGUCGUCUUACAUUUCAUUUUUGUUCGCUCAGAAGUCACAAUCACCAUUAGCCACCUUCAAACGCAUAAAUGCGAUCCAACUGUUAUGUACUAUGCAAGUGUAGUAAUUAAAUUCAACCCAUGCCUUAUUAAA